GCCGACAUCCAAUGCUCAACUUCUCGAAUCAUUUUGGAACUCCACCCCUGUCGGGACGUCUACAAGGCAGUGACGGGUGAAGGCAACUGACGACAACUACCACAGCAACAUCAUAACCACCAGCCACGUGACAGAGCCAGGACGACCGAGCGACUGCACCACCUCCAUCAUCUGCCCUCCACUGCCAGCAGCACGAUCUUAUGCAAACUUCGUCGUCUACACAGCAGUCCACCGAUGGCGAUGACCGAGGCCGCGCGAUUGUCCAAACCCUGUCGGUAGUACUUGAAGGCAUGGUCCAUCCCGCAGACUCGAUUCCCGUGGGGUACCUACGACGAACAAAAUUUGAAGCGUUUCGGGCGCCACAAAUCUCCAUCCUCGACUACCUCGUCAGGAUUCACACAUAUGCCUCAUGCAGCCCCGAAUGCUUUGUCCUGGCGCUGGUGUACAUCGACCGACUGCAUCAGAUGCAAGGCUUCGUCAUGACCGACCUGAAUGUCCAUCGCGUGAUCAUCACGAGCAUCGUCCUUGCCGCCAAGUUUUUCGACGACCACUACUUCAACAAUGCGUAUUAUGCCAAAGUCGGAGGCGUCCCGUGCACGGAAAUGAACGAGCUGGAAGUGGAGUUCCUCCUCUUGACCAACUUCACCCUGCACGUGUCCACCGACACGUACACACGGUACUACAACGAGCUGGCCAACCACUACAUGUUCUCGGCCCAAGGCAGCGCGGACAUCAAACACUUUGUCAAGCCCGACGCCAGCGGACUGCUCGUGUACGUGACCGAAGACGUGAGUGCGAUCCUGGACCAGGACAUGUGCGGCGAUGGCGCCGUGGCGUCGACCGCCAGCUGUUCGAGUCUCGGGUCGAGUGUCGGGUCGAGCUCUGGCGGAAGUAGCUUUGGCGGCAGGACAAACUGCAAAAAGCGGUCAAGGUCGACCACGUCGGGCCAAAAGCGGCGGAGUGUCGUGGCCCCGUUAGGUGUGAAUGCGUGACGUCGUGCCGCCGCCGUAUUCCUUUGUACCAAUAAGUAGUCAAUAAUAAUAGUCCCAUAGAGUAGAUGAUUGCACUUUGCCCUCGUACCUACCUACUGUACCUAAUCACACAAUAUAACCAAAUACCAAC